GAAGAUUUUCGGUCUUCAAAAUGCAAAGAAACGUUCUGACUGACUCAGCAUCAGGGUCAACGUGAGCCAGCCCAGUACAUGCAGUGUCAUUGAUUCAUUUGGCAGAAUGGCGAACUCUUCACCCCUCGUACUGCGCCUCCUAGCUGCUUCGGCAUCAGUAUCACGACAUGCUGGGUCUAUCAUCAGGAACAUCUCGACUAAGAAAGAUGUUGGAGUGGUUUUAAAGGGUGGCCGUGCCGAUGACCCUCAAACAGAGGCAGAUCGGCAGGCACAGCGCUGCAUCAUCUCCUCCCUAAAGCACCAGUUUCCCACGGUGACCAUCAUUGGAGAAGAGGAUAUCGAUGGUGGAUGUGAUGAGACACUAUUGCACACCGGUCUGGAUGAGGAGGUCCUCAAGUGCUCUCUUCCUGAAGGCUUGCACUCGGAUGGCUCGGAUGUUGUUGUCUGGGUAGAUCCAUUAGACGGGACCAGUGAGUUUACAGCAGGCUUCUGGGACAAUGUUACUGUUCUCAUUGGUAUAGCUGUGAAGGGUGAAGCAGCCUGCGGUGUCAUUCACCAGCCAUUCUUUGGUAUGUCACCAGACAAUCCUACACCCUCAUCAUCUGCAGGACGCACUUGCUGGGGUAUAACUGGUGUCGGUUCAUUCGGCUACACCUACACUGCCCCGUCGAACCCAGCAAGACGAAGCAUCGCCUCCACGAGAACACACUCCACCGGUCAUGUCAAAGAUACGAUUGAAGCGCUCAAGCCAACAGAGCAGGUGAACGUGGGCGGUGCAGGAUGCAAGGUUUUAAUGCUACUUGAAGGUCGUGCUGAUGUGUACGCCUUUGCCAGCCCCGGUACCAGCAAGUGGGAUACAUGCGCUGGCCAGGCCAUGCUGGAAGCUGUUGGCGGUCAUCUGACGGACAUUGCCGGCAACAAGUAUCGCUACACAGCCGAUGUAACGCUCAAGAACACCCGCGGCGUGCUGGCCUCGCUGAACGCCGACCAUAAGGAGCUGGUUGAUCUGGUGCCUGACUCAGUAAAGCAAGCAUUGAGCAAAUAGCGGGACGGGAGAGGUGUUGCAGCUUGGCUGCUGAACCUAUUUUCCAGAACCCUUUGGACCAGAACAUUUUGAAAUUGUGCAAAUAGUUAGUUUUAGAAACUCCAGCCUAUGAAACAGCCAUGAAACGGUGCUCGUAUGUAGCGGCAUACAAAACUACACAGCGUUUUCGCCAUCAUUUUCAAGCCUGCAUGCCUGCAUAUGUCUGCAUGUUCGAUUUGUUGCCAUUUAGUUAGGAAAAAACGGAAGUAGACGCAUUUUUCAGUGUUGUGUUUACCAGGGAGUUGUCUAUGACUUCCUGCCCGGCAGGCUGAGUCCAGUGAGUUGAAGUUCCUGGCGUUCGUUCGCUCAUGCAGACCACAUCUGUUUGGAUCGUACACACCAUCAUGAUUUUCUACUUUUCCCCGUCAUCACAUCUUGCUACAUCUUUGCCCAUAUCAUCUGCUCAAGGAACUCUUUGGGUUGUCAUAUAUUUUUUCUUUUUCUAAACACAACACUUUUGUAGUGCAGGACUAUUAAAUUGACAAAAAAACUGCAGAAAGAAACUGCAGAGUGAACAAUAAAGCUGCAGUAAAGAAUUA